AUGGCAACGAAGGAACCAAGUUUAAGACUAUGUAUUGAAGAACUUUCUACAAAGAAUACUGAUUAUAAAUUUCCUGAACAAGCAAUAAAUCAAGCUGAAUCAUUAAAGUCCUUAUCAAGUGAUGUAUAUACAGAUAACGUACGAUUUAUUUAUGAAUUAAUAUAAAAUGCUGAUGAUGCUCAAGUAAAAAAUAUCACUCUAACAGUUUUGGAAGACAAAUAUUUCAUUAUUGCUCAUGAUGAUAAUAAACGUUGUUAAUUUUUUACUUCUGUAUAAAAACAAACGUUUUAAAACAGGAUGCCCGAGUAAUGACACUGGAAAAUAUAAAUAUUUCAUGUAAGUCACAUAUUCACGCAAGUGAGGUAUCAUAUAGGAUUAUCGUAUCUUGGACUAUCCAAAUAUAUGAAAAAAGAAGGAGGAUACAACUUUCCGUUAAUAAACGUCAUAGUCUGGCAUCCGUAAAACACAAAGUAUAGAGAUCGAUAUAGUAUAAAGCGAGGUUUAACGCAGGGAUAGAUAACAGAAAAUUUAGAUUAGGGUAGAGGAUAAACAACUCGUCGUUUUUUUUAUUGGGCUGAUGUAAACAGCGAAUGAAAACUUCAUAAUAAUAGCCAAAUAUUUUUACAAUGUGAGUUUGAUAAAGAACUUUUAUAGCUAUCGAAUACGCAUGUAACGAACCAGAACGUUCGGGUUUGCUGAAUGCCUACUUCCAAACAACGCGUUCUAAUGACAAAAAAUGUCAAUAUUACAAUUCUAUGUAGACAAAAAAAGGAAAAUAAUUUAAAAGUCUAUCAUGAAUAAAAUCAUCAAUUCAUGUGACAGAAAGGAAAAUAUAUUCAUUGCUGCUUUUUCCAAAGUAUGAAAAUCUCAUUUUUAAUCCAGCAGUUUGUAUACUGAAAUAUCGUUCAAAUUAAGAUAUUUCCUACAAAGUUUAUGUUCUUAAUGCGUUUUUGACGUUCAUUGAGCUGCAUUCAAAUUGAAAGAAUAAUUUUUGUAAUAUCUUUAAAUCUUUUUUUUUUUGUAGAAAAAGUAUUUGACGAAAAAAAUUUACAUUGUAUAUGUGGUGUUAAUCAUUGAACAAAAAAGAAAGAUCUUAAUAAAACAGGAUACAAAGGUUUAGGAUUCAAAGUAGUUUUUAGCAAAUCCAAUAAGGUUAUAAUCUAUUCCAAUGAAGAAUAUUUUCGA